AGGAGAGGGAGGAGGUUUGGAUCAGAAGAAAAGUGGAAAUGGUGGAAGAUAUCGCUAAGAGAUGGAAGGAAUUGAGCGGCAAUAGCAAAUGGAAAGACCUGCUUGAUCCUCUUGACUUGGAUCUACGCCGAUACAUCCUCCACUACGGCGACAUGGUUCAAGUCGGGUACAUUACCUUCAAUAGUGGCCGCCGGUCCAAAUAUGUAGGAGAUAGCUUCUACACCAAGGAAGAUCUCUUUGCUCGAACCGGCUACCUUAAAGCCAACCCUUUCAGGUACGAGGUGACAAAGUACAUAUAUGGAACAUCGUCGAUAAAGUUACCAGAAUGUUUCAUGAUCAACUCAUUGUCAAGGGAAGCAUGGAACAAAGAGUCUAACUGGUUAGGUUAUGUUGCGGUGGCUACAGACGAAGGCAAGGAGUUGUUAGGGAGAAGAGACAUUGUUGUAGCAUGGCGAGGGACUAUACAACCGUACGAGUGGGCUAACGAUUUUGAUUUCCCACUUGAAUCAGCUAUCUCCGUAUUCCCUCGAGCUGACCCGAGAGAUCCACCUCGCAUUGCUAGUGGUUGGCUGUCUCUUUAUACAACCGCUGAUCCACGCUCACGUUUUGACAAGACCAGUGCACGAGAACAGGUUCAAGGAGAGCUCAAAAGGUUACUCGAAAUGUACAACCAUGAAGAAGUUAGCAUCACCUUAACAGGACAUAGCUUGGGAGCAGUUCUCUCGAUUCUGUCAGCCACAGACUUUCUCCAUAACGAAUGGACAAAGACCACACCAAGUCUUCAAGACAGGCUUUCUUGUGUCACGGUUUUCGCUUUCGGAAGCCCCCGCAUCGGUGACCGCAACUUCAAAACACUCGCCGAGUCUCUCAAACAACUCAACAUCUUGAGAGUAGCAAAUGUCCCUGAUCUCAUCCCACAUUACCCGCUGUUCAGGUUCACGGAUGUUGGGGAGGAGCUCCAUAUCAACACACUGAAAUCAGAGUACCUGAAACGGUCUCUUAACCUGGCACAUUUCCACAACCUGAAGGCCUACUUGCAAGGCGUGGCGGAGACACAACACAAUCGAUCAGAACUCAAGCUGGAGAUUAACCGGGAUAUCGGGAUGGUUAAAAAUGGUUUAGAUGCUCUUGAAGAUAAGUACUUAGUCCCUGGGGAUUCGUGGGCUUUUGGGAACAAAGGAAUGGUUAAAACUCAUGACGGGACAUGGAUUCUCAAUGGCGAUAUGGCAAAGGAGGACGUAAAAGAAGAAGAAGACGAAUGUGUACCAUGGAUUUAGUAGCUACAAUAAAAUUAAAUAUUUACCUAUUUUCAAAACAAGAACAAUAAAUAAAAAACAACAAAAUCUGAGGCGCCAAAUCUUGGAUUAUUCAA